UGUGUCUGGGUUUCAGUUAACUGACUUUCCACGGCCUUAAAAAAGCAGUGCAUUUCUUUUCUACUUGAUUCAAACCAGAAAGCAGUUACCUGGUUAAAAAUGAAGUCCAUUGGCUUAAAGAAUGUCAAGGUGUGUGGGACAAAGAGCUCUGUUCGCCCGGAAGGUCAGCCCUGCUCAGUGGGCCAGAGCAGAAGGAAAGUGAAGCUUAUGGAUGAGCGGUCAUACACUCUGUCAAUUGGCAACGGAGAUUACUUUUGGACAAAUAAAGACACUUUGUGGAAUUAUGUGCAGUCUCUAUCUGAUCAGGGGGCAGAGAAACAUGAAGGGCCAGGUCAGUCCUCUGGCCUCACGGAUCAAGAGAAGGAGUUCUCCACCAAUGCCUACCAGGCGUUCACAUCUGGAAAUUACGACGCCUGUCUGCAGCACCUUGCCUGUCUACAAGAUAUAAACAAAGACGAUUACAAAAUAAUUUUGAACACAGCAGUAGCUGAAUUUUUUAAAAGUAACCAAACAACAACAGAUAAUUUGAGGCAGACGCUUAACCAGCUGAAGAAUCAGGUGCACUCUGCUGUGGAAGAGAUGGAUGGCUUGGAUGACGUGGAGAACAGUGUGCUGUACUAUAACCAGGCUGUCAUUCUGUACCACCUGCGGCAGUACACAGAAGCCAUCUCCGUGGGCGAGAAGCUUUACCAGUUCAUAGAACCUUUCGAAGAAAAAUUCGCCCAGGCCGUCUGUUUUUUGCUUGUAGACCUGUACAUAUUAACCUACCAAGCUGAGAAAGCUUUGCAUCUUCUUGCGGUGCUGGAAAAAAUGAUUUCCCAGGGCAGCAACAAUAAAAAUGGGAAGAAUGAGACAGGUAAUAAUAGCAACAAAGACGGAUCAAACCAUAAAGCUGAGAGCGGCGCUCUGAUAGAAGCUGCGAAGUCAAAGAUACAUCAGUACAAAGUAAGAGCUUACAUCCAGAUGAAGUCCUUGAAAGCCUGCAAGAGGGAAAUCAAGUCGGUCAUGAACACGGCUGGAAAUUCGGCACCCUCUCUGUUUCUUAAAAGCAAUUUUGAGUACUUAAGGGGCAAUUACCGAAAAGCUGUGAAGCUUCUGAAUAGCUCUAACAUUGCUGAGCACCCAGGAUUCAUGAAAACAGGUGAAUGCUUGAGGUGCAUGUUCUGGAAUAAUCUUGGUUGCAUCCACUUUGCUAUGAGCAAGCACAAUUUGGGCAUUUUCUACUUUAAAAAGGCGCUACAGGAGAAUGACAAUGUCUGUGCCCAGCUCAGCGCAGGGAGCACUGACCCAGGCAAAAAAUUCUCGGGAAGGCCUAUGUGUACGUUGCUCACCACCAAGAGGUAUGAGCUGCUGUAUAACUGCGGAAUUCAGCUGCUGCACGUCGGGAGGCCCCUGGCUGCCUUUGAGUGUCUGAUCGAAGCCGUGCAGGUCUACCACGCCAACCCUCGCCUGUGGCUGCGGCUGGCCGAGUGCUGCAUUGCUGCCAAUAAGGGGACUUCUGAACAAGAAACUAAAGGGCUUCCAAGCAAAAAGGGAAUUGUUCAGUCCAUCGUUGGUCAAGGCUAUCAUCGUAAAAUAGUUCUGGCUUCACAGUCUGUACAGAACACUGUAUAUAAUGAUGGGCAGUCUUCAGCUAUCCCCGUAGCCAGCAUGGAGUUUGCAGCCAUCUGUCUCAGAAAUGCCUUGUUGCUGUUACCUGAGGAACAGCAAGACCCAAAGCAGGAAAAUGGCUCUAAAAGCAGUAGCCAGUUAGGCGGGGACACCGAGAGCAGUGAGAGCAGUGAAGCCUGCAGCAGUAAAAGCCACGAUGGAGAUCAAUUCAUUCCCGCCCCGCCUUCAUCACCACUGAGAAAGCAAGAACUAGAAAACUUAAAGUGCUCCAUCCUGGCUUGCAGUGCUUACGUGGCCCUGGCUCUGGGUGACAACCUGAUGGCUUUGAAUCAUGCAGAUAAACUUCUUCAGCAGCCCAAGCUAUCAGGAUCUCUCAAGUUUUUGGGCCAUCUCUAUGCUGCAGAAGCCCUCAUCUCUCUCGACAGAAUAUCUGAUGCCAUCACUCACCUGAACCCGGAGAAUGUCACUGAUGUCUCGUUAGGGGUCUCUUCAAAUGAGCAGGACCAAGGAUCAGACAAAGGUGAAAAUGAAGCAAUGGAAUCCUCCGGGAAGCGGGCUCCUCAGUGCUACCCCAGCUCCGUCAGCUCCGCCAGGACCGUAAUGCUCUUCAACCUGGGCAGUGCGUACUGCCUGAGGAGCGAGUACGACAAAGCCCGCAAGUGUCUGCACCAGGCGGCAUCAGUGAUCCACCCUAAGGAGGUGCCACCCGAAGCCAUCCUGCUAGCUGUCUAUCUGGAGCUGCAGAACGGUAACACCCAGCUGGCCUUGCAGAUCAUCAAAAGGAAUCAGCUGCUCCCGGCGGUGAAGGUGCAUUCCGAGAUGAGAAAGAAGGCAGUGUGCCCGCCCACCCACCCGAUGCCGCCCAUCCAGAUGCCAGCUUUUACCACUGUGCAGAGAAAGUGAUAUUUUGCUUUUGGAGGGGAAAAACUGUUGCCUGAGCCCCUGGGGGUGUACUUACUGGCCUUCUUAGUGUGCAUGGCAGAAUGAAUAAAGACUGAUGGUAAAAGGUG